CACUGACCUGAGUUUCCAAGUAAGUUCCCACAUAAAUCAACGGAAACGAAAGAUAACUACGACGUCGGCCCACCAUACAAUUCGUCAGCUGUCACAAUCAUUGUACUCGGUCAAUGUUAAUGUAAUAAGCACUCCUAUUUUACUACUACUAUUGGGGAUACCACUCUUCAAACGCGCACGAGAGAGAAGCUUGAGUUUGUAGUUUGCAGCAUUUUAAAAGUCAUCGCCGGCACGGAAGCUCGUGGAAGUGCCUCGAAAACCUCGAACUCACUUCUUAUCUACUUCUUCUCUCACGUUUUCAGGUACCAUAAUAGUUUUGAUUUGAUAUGAUUUUGUGUUUGUACUAGUAAAGCAUUUGGAUUGUUUCCCUUCUUUUCGAAGUCAAAGAAGUUUCGGUUUUGUAAGCUGUACGCGUUUUUAGAAAGAAACUCGUUUUCUCGUCUACACAAGCACGCGAACUCACUUUCCAUCUCUCCAUUUUCUUUCCCCUCUCUCUCUCUCUUGGUAUUCCACUCGGUUCCUCAAAUUCUGGGUUGUUGGGGGGCAAAAAAAAAAAUUGGUUUCUUUUGGGUUUGUUUGAGGCGUUCGAGUUCUGCUUUCGCUCGAGUCAACUCGGUUUGUGGUCAGAAGAUUGGAGAAGUCUUUUUGGAAGAACAUCAUCUUGUUCUGGUUUGAUCCCAGUUUGCAAGAAGAAAAUCUGGGUUUUGAUUUUGAUUUUGAUUUUGCUGCAAUGAUCGAGCGUUGGAGAUUCAGUGAACACCGGUUGGCGGUGUUGAUGGUGGUGAUAUGUUUGGUGUAUCAGAAUUUGGAAUUGUGUAGGUCUCUCAAUGAUGAAGGUUUGGCUCUGUUGAGAUUUAAAGAGGGCGUUGUGAAUGAUCCAUUUGGGGCGUUGACAAAUUGGAAUGAUGAUGUUGGGGUGAUCAAUCCAUGUUCAUGGUCUGGUGUUGAGUGCUCUGAUGGAAGUGUUGUUGUCUUGAACCUGAAAGAUCACCGCAUUGAGGGAACGCUAGCACCUGUUCUUGGAAGUCUGUUUCAUAUAAAGUCUAUAAUUUUACGCAACAACUCCUUUUCUGGUACAAUUCCUGGAGAGAUUGGAAACUUGAAAGAGUUGGAGAUGUUAGAUCUUGGAUACAAUAACUUUAACGGACCACUUCCAUUUGACCUUGGAAAUAAUCUGUCACUGGCAAUCCUUUUACUUGACAACAAUGAGCUUUUUGGUAGCAUGUCUCCUGAAAUUAAUGAGCUCCAAUUGCUCUCUGAGGUUCAGGUGGAUGAGAACCAGCUGUCUCCUGCUCUAUCUUUCAAUGAAAGACCACACUCAUGGAGUAUCGCUCACACUAGAGAUGUAGAACGACGGAGACUGCUACAAGCAGCUGAUAAUGAUCGGCCAUCGAUUAAUGGACGGCUUUUACAACCCUUCAGGCCACUACCUGCCCCAUCACCCUCACCAUCAUUAGGGUCACCAUCAUCCUCUCCUUCCCCAUCUCCUGCACCGUCUACAACACCAAACCUGGCUUCCCCUGCUCCCAAAGUCUCUGUUACUCCACAUUCACCUUCCGGCUCAACGUCUUCCCUUCCAGAAGGCCCCAAAAAUUCCAGGCCAAAGCAUCAUCAAGCUCUGAUAUUGUCUGCAGCCAUAGGAGGUCCAGCUCUGCUUUUCAUUUUCGUCAUUGGCAUACUCUUCUGUCGAAGCAGUAAGAUGGCAACUGUAAAACCUUGGGCCACUGGAUUAAGUGGGCAGCUGCAGAAAGCAUUUGUAACUGGUGUGCCAAAGCUCAAGAGAUCAGAGCUUGAGACAGCUUGUGAAGAUUUUAGCAAUGUCAUUGGUUCUUCAUCACUUGGCACUGUAUAUAAAGGGACAUUGUCCAAUGGUGUUGAAAUAGCUGUGACAACUCUUGCGGUGGCAUUUGCGAAGGAUUGGUCAAACAAACUGGAAGCUCAGUUCAGGAAGAAGAUUGACACAUUAUCAAAAGUGAACCACAAGAACUUCAUGAACCUUCUUGGGUAUUGUGAGGAAGAGGAACCUUUUACUAGAAUGAUGGUUUUUGAGUAUGCUCCUAAUGGAACACUCUUUGAGCAUCUACACAUAAAAGAAUCGGAGCACUUGGACUGGGGAAUGCGGAUGAGGAUCAUAAUGGGCAUUGCAUACUGCCUUGAUCAUAUGCACCAACUGGCACCUCCUAUAGCCCACAAGAAUCUGAACUCAUUGACUGUGUAUCUCACGGAAGACUAUGCUGCCAAGGUAUCGGAUUUUGGUUUUUGGAAUGAGGUAGCUCCAGCUGAGAUGGAAUCAAAUCCGCAAAAUAAUGUCUACAGCUUGGGUGUCAUAUUAUUUGAGAUGGUAACUGGUAGGCUCCCUUAUUCAGUUGACAGUAGCUCAAUCGAGGACUGGGCAUCUGACUAUGUAAGAGGGGAACAACCCCUUACAGAAAUGGUGGAUGCUACUUUAAAUUCCUGGGACACAGAGCAGCUUGCAAAUAUUGGUGAAGUAAUAAAAUUCUGCGUCCACCCUGACCCGAGACACAGACCGGUAAUGAGAGAGGUCACUGGAAGAUUGAGAGAGAUAACAGGAAUAGGACCUGAUGGAGCAAUCCCAAAAAUUUCUCCUCUUUGGUGGGCAGAGCUGGAAAUUCUGUCUGCAGAAGCAAGCUAACGAAUGAAAUUGAACUUGUGAGUUACUAUGAGCCUGUUUUUUUUCCUUACCCUCGUGUGGUGAGGCUUAAAACGAUUGCCCUUAGAUGUUUAUAGCUUGGACAUAUUACAUGGACAUGAGAGCUGUGCAUAACUGAGUGGGAAAAAAGUGGUGACUCAUUUUUCUAUUGGUUUUUGUGAUUAGAAAAUGUCAAUCAAUACAGAAACCAGGAAAAAAAAAAAAACAAAACUCGAGCAAAUAUAUCUGUGAAAAUAUCUAUAACUCUCAAAUUGAAGUCGUAUAAGAGACAUUCUAGUUGAUUCAAUGCAUUCAAUUGAUAGACAAUUGUGUGAUUCCCGAGUUUAUAUUAUAGUUUCAAGUUCAAA